GGGCCUCGGGGCGGGGCUGGCGGCCGCACGCGCCGUGGCCGGGGCAAGAUGGCGGCGCGCAGCGGGCUGGAGGCCGCGCUGAGGGUGGCGGGCGCUGCCGCCGCGCGGCCCGAGCAGUUCCUGAGUGUACAAGAUGGGCUGGCUGCUGAGUUCAGAGCGUUAACAAAGACUCUAUACGAUUUAAAUAAAGCUCUGGGAAGCAAUAUAGUUCGUGGGAGUCCUCUAAAAGAGCUGGUGAUAGAAAAUUUUGAUGAAGAACAGAUUUGGCAACAACUAGAGCUCCAGAAUAAUGCAAUUCUUGAUUUCUUCAAGAAAUCCAUUGCAAGGGAUGCCAAUGAUAAAGAUCUUUGCCUUGUCUCAGACCAGGAAGAUGAUGGCUCUGAUGCAGAGGCUAGCAGUGAUAAUGAAUUGGAAGACAUAAUGGAAGCAGAAACUGAACAGGAGAAUGUUUCUACAAAACAAGAAACUAAAGCUAAAGAAAAGCAAAGUAAACCCAAAGAAACCAUAACGCAGAAAUACAGCGAUGAGGAUUCUGAUGUUGACUUUGAUAUUGAUGCACUAGAAGAACAAACUAAAAUAGCAAAGGAAACAACGCUGAAAAAAAAAGGAAGGAAAUCUGUAGUGGAUGACAAGUUUUUCAAGCUGGCUGAGAUGGAAGCUUUUUUAGAACACGCAGAGAAGGAAAAUAGGGAGAGGGAGGAGGAGGAGGAAGACGAUAUCAAUUACUUUGAAGACAUCAUCUCGGAUGAUGAGGAAGAGGAACCUGAAGAAACCAAAGUCAAAUCAAUUAAAAGUUCUAGAGACCUGACGUACAAAGACUUCUUUGAUCCUGUUGAUGACAAUGAUGACUUAGUAGCUAAUGGUGUUGAAGAUGAUCAGGAAGAGGAAGUAGACAGUGCUAUUGAAAAGGAGAAUGAAGAAAGCAUGUCUGAGGUGGAGGAUAUUAAUGAGAUGAUGGAAAAUGUGAGAGGUAAAAAGGCCUCUUCAAAAGUUACUUUUAGAUUGCCAGACGACAGUGAAACUGAAGAUGGUACUGACAUGCAAUUAGAGAAGAGCAUUGAUCCUGGUGAAAUAAAGUCAUCUUUUGAAAAGAGACAGGCAAAGAUGAGUGAAAAAAUAAAAAGUUUAGAAGAAGAGUUGUUAGAAGAGAAACCUUGGCAGCUUAAAGGAGAAGUGACUGGACAAAAGCGACCGGAAAAUAGCCUUUUGGAGGAAACAAUACUCUUUGAUCAUGCAGUCCGAAUGGCUCCUGUGAUCACAGAAGAAACUACUUUUCAGCUUGAAGAUAUCAUUAAACAGAGAAUAUUGGAUGAGGCAUGGGACGAUGUAGAACCGAAAGAAAAACCAAAAGAGGAUGCCUUUGAAUACAAGAAGCGUAUCACUUUGGACCAUGAAAAAAGUAAACUGAGUCUUGCUGAGAUCUAUGAGCAAGAAUACUUGAAACUUCACCAGCAAAAAACUGAAGAGGAAGAAAAUCCUGAACACAAAGAAAUUCAGGAAAUGAUGGAUUUGCUCUUCCUGCAACUGGAUGCGCUUUGUAAUUUCCACUUCACACCCAAACCACCUGUGCCAGAAGUGAAAAUAGUUUCAAACCUGCCAGCUAUCACUAUGGAAGAAGUAGCACCUGUUGCUGUUAGUGAUGCUGCUCUCUUAGCACCAGAGGAGAUCAAGGAAAAGAACAAAGCUGGUGAUGUAAAAACAGAUGCAGAAAAGACUUCCACAGACAAAAAACGAGAGCGAAGAAAGAAGAAGCUUCGUAAACGUAUAAAGCUAAGGGAAAAAGAGAAACGUCAAAAGCUUCUUGAAAAGACAAAACCGGAGCAAGGCAUAAAACUCAGCAAAAAAGCUGCUGCAGCAAAAUUGAAAAAGCUUACAAAAGAAGGCAAAGCAACUCUGCUCAAGGAUGAAGGAAAAGACAAGGCCUUGAAAUCAUCCCAAGCCUUCUUUUCUCAGUUACAAGAUCAAGUGAAAAUGCAAGUCAAAGAUGCAAACAAAUUAAAGAAGAAACAAAAGAAGCAGAAAGAAGUCUCUGUCCAUAAACUUAAAUUGUAAUUUAAGUUUUAAUACAUGCUCUGUCUUGUAUAUAUUAAAAUGUUUCUAUUUUAAUGCUGCAUUGGAAUAAAUGCUGGGUUUUAUACAUCAUUAAAAUGUUCUGUGAACCUCUAUGGUGAUAUACAGGUGUUAUUCCCUAUUUUAUUUUUUUUCUUCCUACUGUUGAACUCCUUGAUUGUCUAAUUCUAAAAAGAUCAUUUUUUUGACAUAGGGCAUGUAUAUAAAGCAAUGUGUGAUGUGGCUGUAUGUUCUUCAAACUAUAGCCCAUAGCUUCUUUAUGUAGUUGUUUAUAUAGCACAGGAGUAUGCGUUUACUAAAACUUAAAUUUCCAAAUCCUAGUGUAAGGAUACAGUUUAAUACACUUAUGUUCUAAGAUUACAAACUUAAACCCUCUUAUUUGGGAUGUAAAGAGAUUUCAUGAACAGCUUGACUAUAACUUCAGUCAGCCUUGGAAGGAUAACAUCCCUUUAAAAACAGAGCAAAGAAGUGAUUAAUAUUUCCUAAAUUAGCGUUGGUAUACAUCUUUGAUAGACAUCUACUUUAUUUAAUGUAUUUUCUUGCCUUUUUUAACAUUGCAUCGGCUGUGUCACGGUGGGACUCCUCCUGGAACAGCUUCCUCAGCAGGGAAAAGCUGAGGGCUGUAACGCAGGGAGCGCAGAGCAACCUGUAAGCCAGCAGUAACUCAGUAAGCAGGAGCUGUUUAACUUAAAGCUUUAUUCUCAGGGUAGAAGUACUUAAGUAUAUGCCCCCCUUUGGUGACUGAACAGAGCUGUGAAAGCUUUAAAUUACCCCGUUAGAGGUCUGCCUUUACCACCCCCUUCGUGCUUGGACGGGGCCGCUGGGCGUGACGCCGCGCUCCGCGCUCGGCUCCCCAGGCCUGCUGCCGCCAUCGGCGCUGCGCUGCGCGGCCUGCAUGGGGCGGCCCCGGGCCCUAGCGCCCGCCUCCCUCAGCUCCCCGCCCGCGGAGCGGCGGGGGUGGCUCGGCGACGGUGCCGGGAUGUCAGAGGAUUGCAGAUGGAUAAUGCAAAGCCGAGAGAAGUCUCUUUUUCCUUUUAAGUACUGCAGGAUAAGGAAGUAUGACCUGACUGAAGUUGCACGUGCCAUGUAAAUGCUCUGAAGUUCCAUAAUGUCAGAAGCUAGGUCUUCAGAAAGUAAAAGAUCCCGAGUAAGUUUGUCACUGAG